UAUUUUGUCUACCUUCUCCAUCAUCCAUAUCAAUAUAGCCUUCACGGAACAGUAUCGCAUCUCCUCCCGUUGCCGUCCAUUCAGAAAUCUAGACUGGGAGAGAGGAAGAGGGAGAGCGAGAGGAUGCAGAGGUCUGUCUGGGUACGCACCUUCUCGUCCCCUGCCUGUGUCUACGCCAUCGAAAGCUCCGACGAUGGGUCGCAUCGCUCCGCCAUGGCCCCAAGCGGCGGGGAGGAAUCACGCAAGAAGAUCGACAACAAGGUAACGAAGCUACUACUGCCCUUGAACCACCGACGGCGCAUCUCCCGAGCUUUGAGAUCGCUGUCUUGGGGUGCCAAGAAGGAGGAGCCCACCAACAAGAAGGAUGGUGGCCGCGACGAGCUGAGCGAUACAGAGACGACGUUCGUGUCCGCGAACAGCUCCGAGCUGCGCUCCUCCUCUACGGACGUCGACGAAUUGGAGCCCCCAUCGUUUCGCCUCAGCCCGCCGCCCAUCUUCCCUACCGGAAGCAUCGAACGCCGUCCCCCAGCCUCCCCCGUGAAGAUCGUGCGGAAGCUUCCGUUCGGGUACGUCAUCGGCCGCCAGCUGGACAUCCCCGCGCCGCCCCCGCCGUCUGUGACGACGCUGGCAAGGAGAAUCAAGAAGGUGGUGCCGGUGAUGGCCGCGCUGCACCUCCGGUCGAGAUCGCAGAUGGUCAAGAAGAAGGUCGGCCGUGCUUUGAAGGGAGCAUGCCGGCGAGGUAGGCACCAAGGUGUGGAAGAAGCCGAUGUCGCCAGCGGGAGCCAUGAUGAUGAAGAUGUGUUCUGGAAGAAGGAUGUGAAGGGGCUUCGCUGCCGGCAGGUGGACGGCGACGAUGCCCCAUAUUGAGAGGAAAGGGACUAGUGGAUCGAGCGUUUCUAUCCUGGUUUUCUCGUGGUGUGGAUGAGCAAUAUAGAAAUUCGGAUGCAUAUCCCACAAAACUACAAAAGACAUGUAUAAUCCACACUUCUGCUGCAAGUUUGUGGAAUAUUUCAUUCAGCUGUGUACAGUUCGUUUCAACUCCACUUGGAUUGGUGUCGUAAACAUGGCCUAUGCUUCACAAUAGGAGAUGCAAUAUGCCAGUAGACUGUCGUUAAAA